CUCAGCCGACCUGGCGCCUAGGCUGAGAGGAUUAAUCCCCGCAGCCCAGAGGCGGAGGCGGCCUCGAGGCCCAGCGCAGGAUUAUUCAAAAUAGAGCUGUAGCCAUUUUCAACAAGGAUCGAUGAUAAGAAUUUUUCUUUUUAAAAAAAGAUUUUCAAGUUAAAGAUGAAAGGAAAAUACUGGAAUGUUUUGGAUUCUAACUCCUGAGAUAAUGAAUAUAGUUUUUCACAGUGACUUCUGAUGGAACCUUAGUAAAAUUCAUUGUUUGUCAUGCACCCAACUGCGAACAUGGAUGUUGGCUUUUCUCGUUCUGCUGUUCAUACACUGUCAAGAAGCCACUGCAAAAACAUCAAGCAAAAAAUUUCCCAGUGGGAAGGAAGAGCUAAUGGUAUAUCUAACCCAGAUAAGUGGCAUCCAAAGGACUUUGGAGUGAGAUAUAAUAACUGUAAUCAAGAGAUUCUUAAGAAAACGCCUAUUACUGAGGGAAAGAGCAAAAAGUUGGAUGUAACCAACACUCAAAAUAUUGUUCAAAGUAUUAAUGAAGAUGUCAAAAGCCACAAUCAAAGUGAGGAUGAAAGUGGAAAACCUGAAUAUGAUACACGCUUAUUUAAAAAUGAAUCAGAACCCAACUGGGUGUGUUCUCGGGUCAAACAAAUUGAAAACUGGAAACAAGUUUUAGAUCCAGAGACUUCAUUACCUCCGGGAAAUUUCUAUACCUCACAAAUAUUGUGGAAGAAAAUAGAAGCACUUUCCCCAGAUAAAGUCUUAAAUUUGGCUUUAGAGCAUUGUGGCUCUUCAGAAAAAGAACUGAAUUUCAGAGUUCUGAAUAGUUCAUAUGGAGUAACGAAGAGCUUAGAAAACAUUUACUCUGAGCCUGAGGGACAAGAAUGUGGACCUUCUAUAAAUCCUUUGCCAAAACCUCGUAGGACAUUCAGAUAUUUAUCUGAAUCUGGCGUUAUGCCAUAUAAAGAAAGAAACUGUGACGAAAAAUACUGUGAAAAUAAUUCUUGUGCAGAAUCUUCUUUGGCCUCUUCUCAGGAACCUGAACCAAAGAAAUAUGGUGGAAAAAUCAGAGGGAGAUCUAAAAGGAAAUCCUUUGAGUUUGAGGACAUUCAGCACUUUCGAAAUCGGAACUCACGGAAGAUUCAUGAAGAACUUGGAAGAAAUUCUGGCUCAGCACUUUAUUACACACAGUCUGAGGACAAUAUCUAUGAGGAUAUCAUAUAUCCCACCAAAGAAAAUCCAUAUGAAGACAUUCCAGUGCAGCCUUUGCCCUUGUGGAGAUCCCCUUCAGCAUGGAAGCUCCCACCCCCUAAAAGUACUUUCAGAACACCCAAGCUUCCUCCCAAACCUCAUUUCCUUCACCGGAAGACUAUGGAACUAAAGAACUCACAAGCUUAUAUAAGGUCAAAGCUCACAAAGGAUACUACAUUGCCAGUCACGUUAACUGAAUGGAAGCUUUUCCGAGCUGGAGAAGUUGCAAACAGGAAAAGGAAAAAUCUUCCAAGGCUUGUAUUAAAAAUAGAUGAUAUAUUUGAGUCUAAGAGAGGGAAGAAAAGGGUAAAGUUACACCCUUACACUGGAAAAGAUGUACCUCCCUCUAAAGGUGAACCCAGUGGGUAUGAAAGUGAUGCUGAGUAUCUACCAAAGAGUCGCCACAAGCGCAUAGCACAACUGCAGCAGUCUUCCAAGAGGAAUCCGCACUACCAGACUUUAGAGCGGGAUCUGAUUGAAUUACAGGAGCAGCAGCUCUUUGAACUUUUUGUGGUGGUGUCUCUACAGAAGAAGCCGUCAGAAGGAAGCUACGUUCCCCAGGUCAUACAACAAUUCCCUAGCAAGGGUGAUCAUGGCUUUAAGCAAUCCAGAGACACUGAAGAGAGGCUCAAAGUUAUCCCCAAAUUUUGUUUUCCUGAUUCAGAAGACUGGGUGCCAACCUCAGAACUCAAGAGUGAAACCUUCUCCUUUGUCUUAACUGGUGAAGAUGGGAGCCGGUGGUUUGGUUACUGUAAGAAACUGUUGCCAGAAGGCAAAGGAAAGCGACUCCCUGAGGUAUACUGCAUGGUCAGUCGCCUAGGCUGCUUCAACCUUUUUUCAAAGAUUCUGGACGAAGUAGAGAAAAGAAGAGAAAUGUCUCCAGCUUUGGUUUACCCCUUCAUGCGAAGUGUCAUGGAAGCUCCUUUCCCAGCUCCUGGACGCACCAUCACGGUGAAGAGCUACCUCCCUGGGGCUGGAGAUGGGUCCAUUGAACUGUGCCGGCCACUGGACUCGCGACUGGAACAUGUUGAUUUUGAGUGUCUCUUUAAGUGCCUCAGUGUGUGCCAUCUCAUUCGAGUCUGUGCCUCUCUCCUCUUGGAGCGGAGGGUAAUCUUUGUCGCCAACAGCCUAAGCACCCUGUCAAAAUGUGGUCAUGCCGUGGUUGCCACACUGUAUCCAUUCACCUGGCAGCAUACCUACAUCCCAGUCCUGCCAGCAUCUAUGAUUGACAUUGUAUGCUCACCUACUCCAUUCCUUAUUGGAAUCUUGUCUUGCUCCUUACCACAGCUCCAGGACCUACCCAUCGAAGAGGUGCUGAUAGUUGAUCUCUGUGCAGACAAGUUUUUACAGGAGGUAUCUGAUGAAGAUGAAAUUCUACCACCUAAACUACAAGCUGCCCUGAUACAGAUUUUGGAAGAACGAAAUGAAAUAUUGGCUCAGGAGCAGAAUUUUUCACAAGAAGAUGUGACACUCAACUCUCUGGUGUCCGAAGCAUUUGUCAGGUUUUUUGUGGAGCUGGUGGGACAUUAUUCUUUGAGCAUGACUGUCACUGAGCGUGGGGAGCGUGUAUUCCAAAGGGAGCCAUUUCGUAAAUCUCACACCUCCCGAAGUGUACGCCACUUCCUGGAUCUCUUCAUGGAAACUCAGAUGUUUGCAGGAUUCAUCCAGGACCGAGAGCUUCGGAAAAGUGGGGUGAAAGGUUUGUUUGAGGUCAGGGCCCUCCAGUAUUUGGAAACAAUUCCUGAGUCUGAGCCCAGUGGAGUGAAUAGAAUUUUGCGAAGUCUUGGAAGUAAAAUGAAAUUUCUGCAGAAGAAAUGAAAUCUUGACUGCCUCCAUCCUGAAUAGAACAGAAUGUGCCAAAGAAACUAUUUUUCCAAGAAUCAGGAUGCCCUGAAGUAUUCUACAGAAUGUUGAAAGGUUACAGAGUGGGCCAGGUUCUUGGAGGAGGAUUCUCCUGUUGCUGCUGUAGAAUCACUGGAGAAUUGUUGGGAGUAGUCUGGAACCUAUACUUCCUUUAUUCUGUCUGCCUCCAGAUUUUUUCAAGUGGCCUUUUGAGUCUUGGCUCAUUCUUUGUGUUUUGAGUUUAGCGGAUGAAGGCACUUAUCUUUUAUACAAGAGAAGAACAUGGUGUUGCAUUUUUAAAAACAGCUCAAAAAUGAGCACAGCGAAAAAGUGCUGCAUUUAAGGUACUAGGGAGGCAUGAUAUAAGUAGACGACACAAGCCCUUCACACAUAAUUCUCAUCACUGAAAUUCCAUGGCAGCUUUAAACGUAUGGGCUGUUUAAGGAAUAUACUCAUCUCUUUUUUUAGGGGCGGGGAGGGGUGGGGGGAAGUGUUUAAAGCUAGGGGAAUCUCACAUGGAAGUCCUAUUUAUUAACACUGUUGUUGAGUAUCUUAUAAAAAUAGACACCCUACAACAUUCCUUGCACAUUGUAUGGCACUUGGGUAGCUUGUCCCUCGUGUAUCAACACUGGGAAAUUAUAGCUAAUAGGGGGACUUCCCUGGUGGUGCAGUGCAUAAGACUCCACACUUCCACUGCAGGGGACACAGUUUCAUCUCUGGUCAGAGAGCUAAGAUCCCACAGGCUGUGUGACAUGGCCAAAGAGAAAAAAUAUAUAGCUAAUAGGAAAAUUUUGUCUCAAGGGCAUGAAAACUACCUUCUUUUUCAGGGUCCAUCUUGGGCCAUGAAUGGUAUGUGUGUGUAUGUCAUCUUUAAUUUAGUCUUUAAAUCAACUGUUUGCAUCUCUCAUUUCAUUGAUGAAGAAAGUGGAAUUCAGAGAGUUUAAACUGAAGCCAGGACUAUUCAUUUUUUAACACAAAGCUGGUUAUUCCUACAGAUGGAAAAUUGGGGUCUGUGGGAUUAUAGCUAUUGGAAAAGGUUUUUUUGUUUUGUUUUGUUUUAAGCUGAAGUGUGCCAGAGCCAACUUGCAGCUCUGAGGAUACAGGACUUCAUGCUACAGGUGUCCAGCUGAGACUCUCCUCAUGGUUCUUUUAGAAAUGUUGGGUUUUUUCUCUAAAUUGGACUCAGAAUAUGGACAUUUCCUGGGCACACACCACAUAAUCACCCCAACUUUUAAUAUCUAAAGUAGUAGCAGUGAUUUGAAAGAGAAAUUUGUCAGCCAUGGUGUAAUUUUAAUUGAUAAAUGUUAUAGCAAGUGUCAGUUUGUUUUCUUCAACUCCUGCUGAUGGCUUUAACUACAUAAAAAAUAUUCAAACUUAAAACAUUGUUGUGUUUUGAUACAACUUACUGACUUGUACAAUAUUGUCAUUACAACCCAUUCAGGUGUGUGUGGAUGGAUCUGAAGCAGACAACAUGUAAGAUGGGUGCUGUAUAAUCCAAUUCCUACAGAUGUGGGUCCAGAAAAUAGAACUGAGCCCUUGUCUUUAAAAAAAAAAAAAAAAAAGUUUAUUAAGCAGCUUACCCCAGUGGGACUUUUACCAGACAUUUCCCCAUUUGGUCUCUUCUGACACUCCCACCCGGAGGGAACAAUCCAACUGGGAAUUGAGUGUUUAUCCCUCUGUGAGGAGCCCUUUACUUCAGGAAUGGGAGUCUUGUUUUUAUCCCUCCCAUCUGAAGCUGCUUCCUUAAGUCUGUUUUGUUUUGUUUUUGUACAGAAUUACGAAUUCUGGACAUGUUUGUAAGAUAAUCGCUCAAGAUUUGUAUAAAAUGUUGUUCACAGAUCUUUUAAUGAAUAAACAAAAAAAUACCAUGGAUCUCUUGGAGAAUUUGAAAUAAAAUUGCUUAAAUUGUAAA